UCGUUUCAUUCGUACCAAACAAGCCCUUAGACCAUUUCCAUUUCCAUUUCCAUUUCCACAGCUCUUUCCUCUCUUUCUUUCUCUUCUCUUGGACUGGACAUUGGAAGGAUUCCAUUUACCUGCAUUCCUCUAAAGAUCCAACCUUUCUUGGAUUCUCUCGCUCCCAUGUUCACGAUCUCAUGUUUUCAUAUUCCAACUUGGUGUUCUUGAAAAAGGAAUGAUCUUUUGAGGAUUUCUCAGCUGGUUUUAUUUCAAUUUUGACUUGGUGUCUGAGUUCCGAUUUCGGGAGCCCCCCUUUUCAUUCUCGAACUAGACUGGUAGCAUAUGGCUAAUGGGGCAGCGGUUGCUGAGAGGGCUACCAGUGACAAGCUGGCUGCUCCAGAUUGGGCAGUAAAUAUCGAGCUUUGCGAUACGAUAAAUAUGGAUCCUAGGCAGGCGAAGGAGGCACUAAAGAUAAUCAAGAAAAGACUGCGGAGUAAAAGCCCUAAAAUUCAGCUCCUUGCACUGUUUGUGGUAGAUACUCUGAGCAAAAACUGCGGGGAGCUUAUAUUUCAGCUUAUUGUUGAGCGGGAUAUUCUGCGUGAGAUGGUCAAAAUUGUAAAAAAGAAGCCUGAUUUAAAUGUGAGGGAGAAGAUACUUGUGUUGAUUGAUACUUGGCAAGAAGCUUUAGGCGGCAUGAGUGGAAGGUUUCCCCAAUAUUUUUCUGCUUACAAUGAACUGAAGCUUGCUGGUGUUGAAUUUCCACCCCGAGAGGAAGCCAGUUUAACAUUGUUCGAACCACCAAAAACACAUACCAUAUCUGAGACUACUUUCCCAUGUGAGGAUGCAGGCAUUGGAUCAUUGUUGGAAUCUGAUGCCUCUGGACUCAGCCUGGGGGAGAUUCAGACUGCUGAGGGACUCACUGACGUUCUUAUGGAAAUGCUGACCGCCUUGGAUCCAAAUAAUUCUCAGGGAGUGAAGGACGAGAUCAUUGUCGACUUGGUAGAUCAGUGUCGUUCAUUCCAAAAACGUGUCACAGUUCUUGUGAAUGAGACCACAGACGAAAACCUUCUAUGUAGAGGAUUAGCGUUGAAUGACAGCUUGCAGGGAGUUCUUCGUUUCCAUGAUGAUAUUGCCCGUGGAACUCCCCCAGUUCCAGUGGGGAAAAUAGAAGCUCCGAUUGCACCUCUUAUGAAUGUGGAUCACGAAGAUGAAGAAUCAGAAGACGAUUUUUCUCAGCUGAUGUGCAGAUCAUCGAGGGAUGUAUUGAAAGGGCAAGCACGAAAGACCGAGCCUGCACAUUGCAGCCCUAUUCUUCCUCCAACAAAACCAACUAGCACAGAUUCUGGCAAAGUUGGAUAUCUCAGUGACAACAAGCGUUCGUCUAGUGCUGUUCCGGUUCACUCAAGCAGUAAAAAAUCCUUCCCUCCACCAAGUCCAACGCAUUCUUCAUCUUCUGACGACGAUUUCAUCAACCCCACAGCAUCCGCACUUGCUCCAACACCACAAGCACUCAACGGAGCAGCUGCAACGAGCAAAUAUGCGGAUCCCUUACCACUUGCAGGUAACCACCUUCUGCCUCCGCCACCAAUCAGGUAUAGCCAGAGGCAGCAGUUUUUCAAGCAAAGAGACGCAAAUGGUGGCGGUGCAUCAAGCUCAAGUAGUCGGUCUUCUGGCUCCUCUUUUGACAGCCUGAUCGGGCAGACCAAGAAUAUGUCGCUCAGAUCGCCACCGGGUGCCACCGAGCAAGAAAAGUCUGAUGAUGCUCUUUUCAGAGACUUGGUUGAAUUUGCUAGAGCCAAGUCAUCAUCACCCAGACCAGAUAGGUCAGUGUGACAGAAAAUGUAGUUGGCUGUGAGUUUGGGUUGCUGUACCUUCUUCCUCCAUUACUAGAACUCUUGAAAUGGAGUAUAUAUUUCUGGGUUUAGGAGAACUUAGGUGUAUCUGCUUAUUGGUGAUGUAAAUCUGUCCCUUUCCCACCUCUCUAAAUGUCAAUUUAAGUGUGUAUUCUUAUAAAUUUUAAGAUACCUAUACUAUUUUCAUUCAUUUUAGGUGUGUGGAUUGUUUAGUACUUUAAUGCUACUGUAUUAUAUACUAUGUGUAUAUAUACAGAAAUAUUUAUACAGGAUAUUAAUUUUGCUUGAA